CGCACAUAACCAGAACUUCACUCAGUCAACUUAUUACACGCAUCUCUCAACAUGCAGAUCUUCGUCAAGACCCUCACCGGCAAGACCAUCACUCUUGAGGUUGAGUCCUCCGACACCAUCGACAAUGUCAAGAGCAAGAUCCAGGACAAGGAGGGCAUUCCCCCCGACCAACAGCGCUUGAUUUUCGCCGGCAAGCAGCUUGAAGACGGUCGCACCCUGUCCGACUACAACAUUCAGAAGGAGAGCACUCUGCACCUCGUCCUCCGCCUGCGCGGUGGUAUGCAGAUCUUCGUCAAGACUCUCACUGGCAAGACCAUCACGCUCGAGGUUGAGUCUUCUGACACCAUCGACAACGUCAAGUCCAAGAUUCAGGACAAGGAGGGUAUCCCGCCCGACCAACAGCGCUUGAUCUUCGCGGGCAAGCAGCUCGAAGAUGGCCGCACCUUGUCCGACUACAACAUUCAGAAGGAGUCCACGCUUCACCUUGUCCUUCGUCUCCGCGGUGGUAUGCAGAUCUUCGUCAAGACCCUGACCGGUAAGACGAUCACGCUCGAGGUGGAGUCUUCGGAUACGAUCGACAACGUCAAGUCGAAGAUUCAGGACAAGGAAGGCAUCCCGCCCGACCAGCAGCGUCUCAUCUUUGCUGGUAAGCAGCUGGAGGACGGCCGCACUCUCUCGGACUACAACAUCCAGAAGGAAUCGACCCUUCACUUGGUUCUCCGUCUUCGUGGCGGUAUGCAGAUCUUCGUCAAGACACUCACGGGCAAGACGAUCACGUUGGAAGUCGAGUCGUCGGACACGAUCGAUAAUGUGAAGUCGAAGAUCCAGGACAAGGAGGGUAUUCCUCCUGACCAACAGCGUCUCAUCUUCGCGGGCAAGCAGUUGGAGGACGGUCGCACGCUCAGCGACUACAACAUCCAGAAGGAGUCGACGCUCCACCUGGUGCUGCGUCUGCGUGGCGGCCAGUAGAGAGUGGCAGUAGUGGAGGGCAUGAGCUUUACAUUCGAUUCGAUGUUUGGCGUUUCAGGGCAUCAGCACCGGUGGGAAUAGCCUCGGUGUUUUUUCAGCUUCUUUAAUGAC